AUGGCCCUCUUCGAACCCUCCCUCUCCACUCUCACAUCCCCAAACUCCACCCCAAAAACAAUCCUUAUAACAGGCGGCUCUUCGGGAAUCGGCCUCGCAACCGCCACCCUCCUCUCCACCCUCAACCCGCACCACAACCUCGUCCUCGUAGACCUGCACCCCCCACCCCCAACCUUCACGCACCCGGCCUCGCACCUCCUCGUCCACACCUGCGACAUCACCUCCUGGCCCGCCCAACGCGCCGCCUUCGCCGCCGCGCACGAAAGAUUCUCCCGUAUAGACGCCGUCUUCGUCAACGCCGGCAUAACCGAACACGCCGACCAAUUCUUCACCUCUUCCCUCGACGCCUCGGGCAACCUAGCCGAGCCCGACCACCGAGUCCUCACUCUGGACCUCAACGCCGCCGCCUCCACCACCAAACUCGCAAUCCACUACUUGCGCCAGAAUGGCAGCGACUGCGCGGGCUCCAUAGUCCUAACAGCAAGUCUAGCAGGCUACCUCGGUUCCGCGGGUGCCCCCCUCUAUUCCGCUGCCAAACACGGCCUCGUCGGCCUCGUCCGCGCCCUAAAGCAAGAAUGCGCCAAAUUACGCAUUGCCAUUUCGCUCGUCGCCCCCGGUAUAACGCUCACCCCCAUUCUUGCAAAUGCUAACCCGGAGUUGCGCCAUUUAUCCCCCGAGCAGCGUGCUAGCGAAAUGGCUAAAUCUGGUAUGCCGAUUAACUCGCCUGAUGCGGUGGCCAGGGCGGUGUGCGGGUUGAUUGGGGAGGGAAUGGCGGCGAAUGGGAGGGGCGUUUGGGUCCAGGGGGAGCGGUUUGCGGAUGUGGAAAAGGGACUGAUUAAGAGUAGGGAGGCGUGGAUGGGGAGGGAAAUGUUGGGCUUGUUCAAGGGCGGACGGAGGACGCCGAUAUUUGCGAGGUUGGAAGAGAAAGACGAUAAAGUCAAGGCGAAGAUGUGA